CUGGUAAUCAGCACUCACUUGUCACUUUUUAUUAUCCUUUUUGUGAGGAGAACAUGGAUAUUUUCAGUCCCAUAGUAUAUUACUUAUAAUGGCUUCAUCUGUGCAAAACAAUAGAGUUACGUCUCCUGGAUACUGUGUGUGUUGUAGAACGUGCAAUAUGUGGUGUUGGAGAGCUUUCAAAUGGCUCCCUGUAAUGUUAAUAGUGUCCAUUAUAACUUGGUCUUAUUAUGCCUACGUUAUCCAAUUGUGCAUUUUUACCAUUGAGAGUACGGUCCAAAAGUGUAUCUAUUUGGUAUUAUAUCAUAUACUUCUGAUAAUGUUCUCCUGGUCUUAUUGGCAGACAAUAUUUGCAGAACUCAAACCAAUACCAGAAAAGUUUAAAUUGCCUGAGGCUGAAUUAGAAAAAUUAUUGAGCGCAGAAUCUGAGGACGCUCAGCGGACUAUAUUGGAUAAUUUUGCCAAAGACCUACCCAUAGUAACUAGGACAAUGUCGGGCUCAGUUCGGUAUUGCAACCGCUGCGUACUCGUGAAGCCUGAUCGCGCUCACCACUGCAGCAUAUGCGCUCGAUGCGUCCUCAAAAUGGACCACCAUUGUCCGUGGGUCAACAAUUGCGUCUGCUUCUACAACUACAAGUUUUUCAUGCUCUUUCUCGGCUAUGCUCUGCUAUACUGUCUGUUCAUCAUGGCCACGUGUCUACCUUCCUUCAUUAGAUUCUGGAAGGGUGAUUUCGGCAACGCAGCGACUACGGGAAGAUAUCACGUUGUGUUCGCAUUCUUCGUAGCGUUAAUGUUCGCUAUAUCUUUGGGCUCGCUUUUCGGAUACCACUGUUACCUUGUAAUGAAUAACAGGACUACUUUAGAGGCGUUUAGAGCGCCUAUGUUCCGUGGAGGUGCUGACAAGAACGGCUUCUCAAUCGGCGCCUUCAACAAUUUCAAAGAAGUGUUCGGCAACAGCCCCAAUCUCUGGCUGGUACCUGUCUUCACAAGUUUCGGCGACGGCAUCGUGUAUCCUACGCCGAGCCAGGAGGAAGAGUCGGAGUCACUUCUCAGCUCCGAGCGAUGGGAGCGCUGGGGCGAGCGAGCGAGGCCCUUCGACGAGCGAGAGAGCUCCUCCUUCGACGAGCUAUGAGUGUAAGCCGUUGUAGCGACCGCGGCAUGCAGGCUUGGUACAGGAAUAGGGUAGAUGAUCCACUGAGAAUUUCUAUAACCUACCUAUCUUGUUUUUGCGAUUGAAAUUCGACAUAAGUUAUUUAGAGCUCAUGUUAAAAUUCAAUCUAUAAUAGCAAUUUAACGGAUAGAUAGGUUUAAAAAUCUACUAUUAGACUUGUAACACUUGAUGCGAAAUUAAAAUAGAAGGAAUCUCAAUGACUGUCGGUAAAUACGUAGUGUUGCCAAGCUAUGUAGUACAUGAGAACAAAAGAAAAUAGCGGGGUAGUUGAAAUGUAUAGAUAGUGCUGGCUUACUGCUAACAUGAAUCAAGGAAGCGAGUCAUCUGGCAACACUAAAUAUUUAUUUAUAGCCUGUGUUGGUGCUUUAAAAUCACUUUUACCUAAGCAAGAGCAUCAAGAUUUAUAAGUCUAUUCAACUCUAGGGCCGCGUUCAGCUUUAAUAGAUUUGGGCAUGAUAUAAACUGGAAUAGUUUGAAGUUGACGCUGAAUGAGAAAUAGUAUUUUUGUUAGGUUAAGCUUUUGACUUUUAAAUAUCUCUGGUUUGUAUGGGAAGUGUGUUUACAUUGAAUUUAAUAUCUAAAUAAUAUUUCUGCUAGUUAGUUGCUCAAAUGCGUUAGAUACUUAUUAUACUACAUGUUGUGUAUGAUGAUAUCUGCAAUACUUUGAAGAUAUACCCUGCAGUAUGUGCAGUAUGUUUUGUUAGUACAAAAGCAGCCAUAUUUAAUUUAUCCGCCAUAUAUUUAAAAUAAAAUAAUGAUAAAUACUGAUUGUUAUAAAGCCAAGUCUGCACUGUUCGGUCGUCACAACAGCCCGAAGGUAUGAAUUAGAGGUAAUGUGAGGGAAAUGGUGCUGAACUGUAGAAUGAUAAAGAACGGAUAAUAUGUAUUUGUACCUACAUUUGGUAGUGAGCUUUGCCUUACCAAAAUAGUGACUAUGCAAAGUUACAUUAAUCGAAAAAUAUCAUCUAAAUGUUUAUUAUUAUAUUAUAUAGUGUUAGAAAUAGUUGAUAUUUUUAGUUUUUCUUAUAAUAAUAUUUAUGACUGCCAUGUUUGUUUGACAUGUCAGAGAUGGACAAUAUUGGUAUUUUUAUGUCUAUUAUCCCCAUCUAUUUUAAGGUAAUUUCUCUAUUAAAUUAUUCGUAGAUUUCUUAUUCUCCUUUAAUAUGGAUCUCCUACCAGAUGAGAUUUUUGGGCAUUUAGGUGUCUCAAUAAAUUAUGGAGCCGAGUACGAUACCUACUCAGAAUGAAUGCCCACAUGUAGAUACUGAGGCUUUAUUUUUAGAAUCCAGGGGGUAUUAAUCUCUGUUUGUCAAAUGUUGUCCAUCUCUCGGUACCUUUAGAAUAGAUAUAAUUUAAUAAUGAUUUAAACAAAUAUCUUCCUAUUCGCUUUCACUUCAUACAUAUUUUCCAUUUUUAUAUUCUAAAAUUUAAGGGUACAUGGCACGUUACGAUACUUAUUUAAUGCUGUGUAUAAAGUGCUUAUGUAUGAGACUGUGUAGGGAAAUUGUCAAGAUGUCUAUAGUAUUUUUCUCUUUAUCGAAAAUUUAAAGUUAAAUAUCCUCCUCUUAUUCAUAUGGUCCCUCCGACAACUACUCCAUCUGUAUUGCUACAGGCUUAAUGAGGAUUUUUUCUUCCGCCAUAUUUUUGUCCUAUGAAAAGUGAUUUAAAUCAAGCGUAUUAAAUUCAAGGAUCUUUUGCCGAAAACUUAAUUUCUUCUCUACUUUUCCUCAUCCGAAUGUCUAAGUGGUCCUUUGUGCAUUCUCAAAUUGACUUCGUGUGAUAAAUUUUUUUAGCUUUUUUAUGAUUUAAAUUCAAUAAAAUCGAGGAUCUGUUCAUACUGCUACUGAUUAAAAAGUACAUUAUUUUAUAUAUAUAUUGUUUAGGAGCUUAUAUAUUUGGGAUUGAAGAAGUUGGUGCCCAUUAAAAUAAUCUGAAGCAGGUUUAUAAUGAAAAUCUUUGUGUGCCGCUAAUGUUAGGAAGUUUUUUUUACCCGUGACAUUCAUUUAAAAUAUAAAGUAGUUGACUUAUAAGGCGACUUUAGCUGUGUGGAUCCAUGUAAGAUAAUUUUUGUACCUCUUGAGCUACUUAAGAAUGGAGUAAAAUUAAUUUAAAAUAAAGGUAUUUACUUAAUUAUUUCUAUUAAUCAACUAGGUAUAUUGUAUUUGCAACAGUAUUACUUAAAUUGCAUUCCUUAAUACUUACUCUUAAUUUAAAGCAUAUUUUUUUUUAUUUUAUGUAUUUGGGAGUUAUUUUAGUUUUUGUCGUAGAAAGUACUUUUUUGUUUGUAGCUUAUUUUAAAUAUGACAGGACAGUUUUGUAAAAUAAUUAAUAUCUAAAUGUCCGCUGAUAUAAUAUAGAUGUGUGGUAUAUUAUAUAGAUCUAUAAUGUGUUUUUCCGAUAAAUGUUUUAGGCAGAUACUUACAAUAAUUGUGUGUAAUAUUUAAAACCGCUCGUGGACUAAUUUAGUCUAUGGUAUAACAUAGAUACAUAGUCUACAGUUUUGUUCAAUGCAAAUUUUUGUGUACUUACUAAAAUUGAUCUUAUUUAGAUAAUAUGAACAUCCCGUUUUUUCAGCUUGCGAAGCUUUCAUCCACUGAAUACUGACUUAUCUAGAAAAAUCGUCUUUUCUCAAACGAUAUCAUUUACUCCUUUAAUUCAUCAUUUUCACUCAAUCCCUGAAUUUUAGGAAUAUACCCAAUCCUUCAACGAAAUCCUAGUCAUAUAUUUUUUUACUUUUUUAUGUUUUAUUUAUACUUUGAGAAUUCCAGAGGCAUUUAUUAUAUAAUUAUAUUCCUACUCUAAUUAAGCGAAUUGCUAUCACAAAAUUAAUACUUAUUUUUAUAAAGGUUAGUUGAUGCUUAUACAGACUGUAAAUAAGUAGAAGAAUUUAAUGGAUUUAUUUAUAAGUGUCUAUGAGGACACAAUGUGCAAUGAUUUUGUAAUGUAAGUACAAUGGUGAUGUGUAAAAUAAAGAGAACAAAACUUUA